GCGCUACACAACGGAGCCGCCGCAUUGUGGUUGAAUAGACGUCCAUUGCUGCGGGACUGCACAAUACAAUCUCCCCAAAAUGUCAUCUGCGAAAGUCAAGAAGGACAAAGAGAUUAUUGCCGAAUAUGAGACCCAAGUUAAAGAGAUCCGUAACCAGUUGGUGGAGCAGUUCCGCUGUCUGGAGCAGCAGAGUGAGUCUCGACUGCAGCUGCUCCAGGACCUGCAGGACUUCUUCAGACGGAAGGCUGAGCUGCAGCUGGAGUUCUCCAGAGGACUCGACAAACUGGCUGAGAGAUACUCCUCCAAGAUCCGCACCGCCAGAGAGCACCAGCACUUCAAGAAAGACCAGCACCUCGUCUCCACGGUCAACUGCUGGUACCUGGUUUUGGAGCAGACGCGGAGGGAGAGCAGGGACCACGCCACCCUCAGCGAUAUCUACAACAACAACGUGAUUGUGCGGCUGGCUCAUAUCGGAGAGGAUGUCAUCAGACUCUUCAAAAAGAGCAAAGACAUUGGCGUCCAGAUGCAUGAAGAACUUGUGAAAGUCACCAAUGAGCUCUACACUGUGAUGAAGACCUACCACAUGUACCACACUGAGAGCCUGAGCGCCGAGAACAAACUGAAGGAAGCAGAGAAACAGGAGGAGAAGCACAGCCACAAGUCCAACGACUCUGGUCUCCUGCGCUAUGGCCACGACGAGCGGCCGCAGAGACGCAGCUCCGUCAAGAAGAUGGAGAAGAUGAAGGAGAAGAGACAAGCAAAGUACUCAGAGAACAAACUCAAAUGCACAAAAGCCCGCAACGACUAUCUUCUCAACCUCACUGCGACCAACGCCCUGGUGGCCAAAUACUACAUCCACGACGUCUCAGACAUGAUUGAUUGUUGUGACUUGGGUUACCAUGCCAGUCUAGCACGCACAUUGAGAACCUACCUAUCUGCUGAGUACAGCUUGGAAACUUCUCGUCAUGAAGGUCUGGACCAAUUGGAGGGAGCAGUGGACGCUAUGGACAUCAGAGGAGACAAGCUCAAGUUCAUGGACAUGCACAGCCAAAUAUUCUGUCCUCCUGCACGGUUUGACUAUCAGCCUCACAUGGGAGACGAGGUGUGUCAGGUGAGCGCCCAGCAGCCGGUCCAAACAGAGCUGCUCAUGCGCUACCACCAGCUGCAGUCUCGGCUCGCCACACUAAAGAUAGAAAAUGAAGAGGUGAGGAAGACCCUGGAUGCGACGCUGCAGACCCUCCAGGACAUGCUCACUGUGGAGGAUUUCGAUGUGUCCGACGCCUUUCAGCACAGUCAGUCCACCGAGUCUGUUAAAUCUGCAUCCUCUGACUCCUACAUGAGCAAAGCCAACAUCGCCAAGAGACGUGCCAACCAGCAAGAGACAGAGGGCUUCUACUUUACUAAAUACAAGGAGUACUUGAAUGGCAGCAACCUCAUAGUGAAACUGCAGGCCAAGCACGACCUUCUGAAGCAGACACUGGGGGAAGGGGAAAGGGCAGAAUAUGGAACAACAAGGCCCCCCACUCUCCCCCCUAAACCCCAGAGAAUGAGGAAGUAUAGACCUCGUCCCGCCUUUAACCGUAAGCUGUUUAACGGCAAUAUGGCGGCCUUCAUCAAGGACUCUGGGCAGCCAAUACCAGCGGUGGUUGAGAGCUGUAUUAGGUACAUCAAUCUAUAUGGUCUACAGCAGCAAGGUAUAUUCCGAGUUCCUGGAUCCCAAAUAGAAGUCAAUGAUAUUAAGAAUGCAUUUGAAAGAGGGGAAGACCCACUCAUGGACGACCAGGCAGAUCAUGACAUCAACUCUGUAGCCGGCGUUCUCAAACUUUACUUCAGAGGUCUGGAGAAUCCUCUGUUCCCAAAAGAGCGCUUCCUGGACCUCAUCUCCACCACAAAGUUGGAUUCUGGGGCUGAAAGAGCUCGUCACCUUCAGCAAAUUAUUGGGACUCUACAAAGACCUGUCAUUAUUGUCAUGAGAUAUCUCUUUGCUUUUCUAAACCAUCUAUCCCAGUACAGUGAUGAGAACAUGAUGGACCCCUACAACCUAGCGAUCUGUUUUGGUCCCACUCUGAUGCCCAUUCCAGAUGACCAAGACCCUGUUUCCUGCCAGGCCCACGUCAACGAAGUUAUCAAAACUUUUAUUAUCCACCAUGAGGCCAUUUUCCCAACCCACAGAGAGCUGGACGGGCCCAUGUAUGAGAAAUGCAUGGCUGGAGGGGAGGAGUACUGUGAAAGUCCCCACAGUGAUGCAGGUGCUCUAGACGAAGUGGACAAUGGCACAGGACCAAACACAAGUGAUGAGGAACUGGAGCAGAUAGAGGCCAUAGCAAAGUUUGACUAUGUGGGACGCAGUCCGAGGGAGUUGUCCUUUAAGAAGGGGGCGUCUCUGCUGCUGUACGUGCGAGCGUCAGACGACUGGUGGGAGGGACGACACAAUGGAGUAGACGGGCUCAUUCCACAUCAGUACAUUGUGGUACAGGACAUGGACGAUGCCUUCUCAGAUGGGCUCCACAGGACGGACAGUGAGGCAAGUAGCGGUCACCAUGAUGACAGAGCAGCCAGAGACCACCAGACUGAGCACACGCCUGAGCACCGCUUUGGACCAGCACAUGGGAGGGUAAGAGUGCGUUCAGACGGUGGUGCUGCAGUUCCUCGCCAACGAAACACAGGGGAUGUUCACAGUCCACCUCGAGCAGAGCCCCCUAGAGUCCUGCCGCGGCCCUGCAGCCCUCAGAAGAUUGCAGUGAGCAGGGGUCCCAUAGACAGCCCAGAGAAGAGGCGCCUCACCACCUUUGGGAGUGCAGGACACAUCAACCAUCCCGACAGAAAGGUCUUCUCCGACAACCACUCUCAGCGCGCCUCCCCCAGCACCACACGCCACGCCAGCCUGGGGGACCACAAGACCCUAGAGGCUGAGGCUCUGGCUGAGGACAUAGAGAAGACCAUGAACACAGCUCUUCAUGAGCUGAGGGAGCUGGAGCGUCAGAACGUAGCAAAGCACGCCCCUGAUGUGGUGUUGGACACUCUGGAACCUUUGAAGCACCCUGGGGUGCAGGAUGUCCCAGGCAGCCCCCUCCACACCAUGGUGAUCCGGGACCCUGACGCAGCACAGCGGCGCAGUAGCAGUAGCUCUUCUUCUGAAACAAUGACCACCUUUAAACCUGCUCUGACCAGCCGCCGGCCUAGCGCCCCCAUGAGGCCUCCCCCAGUACGACCCGUGAGACCUGCUCCUGUCCUGGGACAGGGACCGCACCGCUCCAGCAGCUCUAGCUCCUCUGGUUUAGGCAGCCCCGGCAUCACACCCACAGAGAGGGGCUUCCCUAAAGCGCCCUCCCCUUCACCCUCCACCUCCUCAUCCUCCUCAGACAAACAGGGCAACAUGUAAGGACAGGGAACUUUGGAUGAUUGUAAUGUCUCACUCACAUUUCUAAAGACACCUGGUCUGUAUCAAUAUGAAACUACCUUAACACUGCUGCUGCUGGUCUCAUGGCCUUUCUCUGGACUGGUCAGUGAUCAAAGACAUGAAAUAAAAAAGCAUUUUAAAGAGACUUCCACAAUCAGAUACUGCUAUGCUGAGUAGUCAUGCUGGACAGAAAGGGAUGCACUGGAAAGCUUGUAGAGAAAUAUUACAUGUUUUGAGCUGUGUACGUAAACUAUAUGUAUGCUAUUACAGAAACACCACUAUCAAUAGGCCCACAGGGUUAAAUACAUUUCUAAGACUAUUGCUUUAUCUGAGUGGGGUAUAAACCCAGUUGGCCUUUUUCACAUUAUGGUCAAGUCUAACAAGGAGUUACAAGAAGUUUAUGUCUGAGCUGAAAUACGUACAGUUGCACAUUAACAAACACUGAUGCCUCAGAAACCUGUCCUGACAUCAUGAGCAAUUAGAUAUUGUUUUUAUAUUGAUCCUUGGAGACCCAAGAACAUACAAGUGACAACUGCACAGAUUUUUGUUUAAAUGCUAUGUCACCACAGCCUAGUUACAAAACACUAUAUUUUAUAAAGCACAGAUGUGACAAGCAUUUGACACGCCCCUGACUUCCUUGUCAGUCUGAUUUUCCUGCACUGAUGCCAGACCAACUGUGGCUGUCAGGCAGAGACACACAAUCAAUAGUAAUUUGAGACUUGAGCUUUUUAGUCCUGCCCACCCUGUACUCAUGCUGUUAUGAGAAAACAAGAAUACAUUUUCUUUUCAACCCUAGUAAUCUAUCAUUUAAUAAUACCACAACCGUAGUUCAAAGUGUAAACCAGGUAACCAUGAUAUAGAGGACAAUGAAAUUAUUGUGGAUUAUGUAUACAUUCCAUCUAUAAGUAAUGUAAAAAGAAAAAUAUAGUAUAAACAUUACCUCAAAAAAUAAGUACAAAUCAAGAGACUAAUGCACUUCUACACUACAGGGAAACUGCUGCAUUGUGAGUCCUGUAUUUUACUAGAAAAUUAUAGCACAUCCAUAUCAAGUGUUUACUGUAAGUGCUGUGUGUCGUCUUGACGAUGAAAAAUAUAUACGUGUAAUAAUGUAGGUAUUUGAAUGACUAUAUGCAUACUGUUAAAGAUGUAAAAAUAACAUUGUAUGAUAGGAAUGGAAUAUAAUAUCAUCUCUUUUGUAACUCUUAUCCUUGCACAAACAUUAGCGGAACAAUAAAUUCUUAAAAUUUUA